UACGUACUACUUGUCCUAUACUAAUACAAUACGAAGAAAAAAAAAGCAAAUGACAACGUAGCAAAAACUUUAUUUUAUUUCAUUUAUGAUCACGGACUUCUCCAAUCUUGAUCCACUUGAUGAGAAAUGGAGAAAUGGCUAUCUAAACAAAUAAGAUAAAUCUGAGGGGCAUUCUCCUACAAGUGCUCAUAUAAAUAAACCUCGAGACUUUCACCCCAGGAUAACAAUCCCCAUCCUCAGCCCCACCAACAACACCCUCCUUUGGAAUCACCAACACAUAGAAGAGGCACUAGUAAGCCUAGAGUGAGAGAGCUUUGGUUCUUAUUACACUAAGAUGACCAAGCCUACUACCAUUACUCAUCUUGACGAGAAGAUGCUGCUCUCUUCCCUCCUCACCUCUGAACUAUACUCACAAAUGCCUCAAGGAGAGAACAAGGUGAGAAGAAGGCGAAAGAAGGCGAAAGGCGAUGCAGCGAGCAGCGAAUCGAAGAAACGGAGGCUCAGUGAUGAACAAGUGAAGUUCUUAGAGAUGAACUUUGGAAAAGAACGUAAGCUUGAGUCAGGGAGGAAAGUGCACCUGGCUACGGAGCUCGGCCUUGAUCCCAAGCAAGUUGCUGUCUGGUUCCAGAACCGGCGUGCCAGAUGGAAGAACAAGCAGAUGGAGGAGGAGUACCAGAGGCUCAAAUCCAUGCAUGACUCUGUUGUCCUUGAAAAAUGCCACCUUGAGAAUGAGGUAUUGAGGCUCAAGGGGAGACUCUCAGAGGCUGAAGAAAAAAUAAGGAAUCUCUCAGGAGGCCCAAAUGGAGCAGCAGCAGUGGCCAGCCCAAGCUCUCCUCCAUCAACAGUAACUCAUCAACCUCUGUACCAAGAGCUUGGAAUGGAUGGAGAAGCUGAUCUUAUGUACAUAAACGAGUACAAUUACAAUAACUAUCUGAUGGAUUUAAGCUGGUAUGGGAUGUGAUGGAUGAUACCAUUGUUCGCAAAUAUCAUUAAUUUGUGUGAUUAGUUCAUAAUGAUGUAGAUUAGUAUUAGAUUAGUAUCUUUCCCCCCGAGGCUUCUCCUCACUAACAACAGUUCCUAUUGUCCUGCUGUAUCAUUAUUAGGCUUGUAGGUAUACAAAUCCCAGUGGAUGGUGUGAUGUAGUAUUGCUUCUAGAUGUAAUUCUAAGUGUUGGGAAUUAAUAAUUGGAAAGUGCUAAGUUUGUACAAA